AUGUCCGACCCGCCGCCGGACGCCUGUGCCGCCGCGCCCGACCAAUCCUGUGGCGCCACGUGUCCCCGCCGCCGUCCUCCACCGCGCGCCGCCACGGGCCCGCGGGAGCCCCGAUCCGGCCCGCUCGGCUCGUCCGCCGUCCGCCGCUGGCCCGCGCGCCGCCCCGCGCCCCUUCGUCGACCGCCGCCCGCGACCGCCCGACCCCGCCGCCGAAUCUCCUCGCCGCCGGCGCCUGCUCUGCCGCCGGCCAUCGCCCCCGCUGCCGCCUGGCCUCGCCUCGCCGCCCGACGUCCUCGGCCGCCCCCGCCGCGGAGCCCGCCCGCCGGCGCCGCCCCGGUGCGCCUCGCCGCCGCCGCACCUCGCCUCGACUCCGGCCGGCUCCGAGCGCCCCCUCGCCGGCCUCUCCUUCCUCCCCCCCCAAGCUCCCUCGGCUCCAGCUCCAUCGCCUCCACCGAGCUCGGCCCCGCCGCGGUGCUCCUCGACGCCGGCGGGGACGGGGUACUCGCAGGCGACCUUCUACACCUCGCUGGGGUCUCCGUGCUGUCCGUCCUCGCCUACCCGGCCUUCCGCGCCGCCGUGAUCUCCGGCCCGGCCGCGCUCCCCGACGUGCCCGUGGCCACGGGCCCCCAACCACGGUCGCCGUACGCGGGCCUCUGCGCGAGGUCCAUGGCCACCUUCACCCGCACGUGA